GUCAGUCUUUUCAAGAGUUGUGCGUCAUUACGUUAGUUAUUUUUUUAAUUGUAUCCACCCCAACAAGCACGAUGGCGAAAUGUCACAGAUCUUCCGUUGAUAGUCGUAUUGACGAUUGUGAGUCCGAAAUGAGAAAUGAACGUGUCCGGCCUUGCCAAAUAAUGGUGAAUAAUGAGGAUCUGGAGUAUUCCUCGAAACAAAUUUUCAAAGUUGAAGUUCGUCCACUUUGCUGUUAUGCAGAUUCUCAUCAAUUGUUAGUUAUCCUAGCAGCAGCAGCUCUUCUUUAUUCUAUUGUAGCAUUGGUACUUACUUGUAUCUUUGCUCCUCAUUGGUUCUUCAUAAUGACCUUGACAUUUUCAAUAAUUACUAUGACUUGUAUUUUGGUGGCGACAUUCACUGGGAAAACCAUUUUAUUGAUGAUUUCCUUCGUUUUAACGGCAAUUCUUGGAAUUUUGACUUCAGCCGGUGCAAUUUAUUGUUUAUUUUAUGUUCUAGCAAACAUCCAUCUAAACUCCGGUUGGCAGUGGAGGUUCUAUUUGUUCACUAUGUUGAUUGCCCAAACAUUGAUGAUUUUCUAUGUCAUUUCCCUCCUCUGCCUUAUCGUUGAAAUUAUUGCCUUCAAACGUCGGGUUCGUAAAGAUGAAAAGAGAAGGCAAGAAAUUCCCACGUGGAGGAGAUAUUGAACUUUUUUCGACUAGUUUUUUAUGAAUAUUAUCAUGCUGUGUAUUUUUUACAAAUGCUUCUUUAUUUUAAUGAUUACGUUGAGAAAUAAUUUAAAAAUUACAAUAAAAGUGGUUAAGCCCA